AUGCCGUAUGUUGUGUCGAACGCGAGCGCCACAUCAUCAUCCUAUAAUAUAUUUCCAAUCCUAAUAUCCUCGUCGCAACUUGCUUUCGGUGCCGACGUCUUCUUUCUCAGCUCUGUCUACGAAGCCGGGUUGCCAACGCCGGCCAAGAUGCCGGACUCCGGAGAAGGCGUUUGCAAGCUGGACGAGUACCGAGGAGCCAACCACUGGAAGGGGCUCAUCCCCUCAGCCACGGAGCCCCGUGUCUGGGACGAGGGCUUCCGUUCGUUCCUACUCAAGUACGGCAUGUUGAACCACGUGGUGUACGACGUGUUCAUCAAGGGCGAGGACGAAGUCAAGUCCGAAGAAACGGGGCUACGCGGAAGGUCCCGCUUCGGGGACAAACUCACGGCCUUCUCCGAGAAGGGGCUUAGAUUCAACUACGUCAACAAGAAGGGAGAGCAGAAGCAGGAAUACGACUUCACCGACGACUACACCAUCGUGGCCAACCUGGUGUGCAGUCCGGAAUCGUUUUUCAGCGCCGAGGACAACUGGUUCGGGUUCAUUGGUCUUUCCAAGGACGAGAAAGAGCUGGUCAUUGUGUUCCGCGGGACAGAAACCACCAAGGAGUGGAUCGAGAACGCUACCCUUUUCAUGGAGCAGCUCGACGGCGAGCCCCCGGAGUCCGGCCUCGCCCUCCUCCUCAAUCGCAACACACUCAUGGUCCACAGCGGCUUCCAGCAGCUCUACCGGGAGAAAGCGGAUCAUUUCCCAUCCCCCAAGGACAAGAUCUACGAGGUGAUCGAGGCCUUCAAGAACGACAACAAGGUUUCCAUCGAGAAGGUCACCGUCGUCGGACACAGCCUGGGCGCUGCCAUGGCCCAGCACUGCGCGGUGGACCUUGCGCACUCGCGCGUCCUAGGAGACGUUCCCAUUCUUGGCCUGGGCUGGGCCGGACCUAAAGGUGGCAACGCUGCCCUGGCAGCCUGGGUGGCGAAGCAGCCUAACCUGCGCAUCCUGAGGGUCAGGGUGCCCAUCGACUUCGUCACGAACGUCCCGCCUGACUGGAUGUGGAGCAUGACCGCCGGGGGCUACAAGCACAUGGGCACGGAGAUUACCCUUGACAACACGCACUUGCACAAGGCGGGGGUCGUCAAGAGCGACGACGGGAACAGCCCCAACCACAACCUUCAACAGUACCUCCACAACAUCGACCCCACCAGGGACGUGGCGCUAAUGAACAAGGUUGGCACCGUCAUUCCCGACGACUACUGCCGGAAGCACGGUAUCUCGCCCUCCUGGCACAGCCUAACCUUCCCGCGCACAAUCUACAGCUAAUGACCCAAGUGCGGCGCUACUGCUAUCGACGGCCUUGUACGGCAUGGUCGGUCCCUCUUGGAUGAUUCGUCGAGACGGGCAACAAGAACUUGACGCUCGAUCCGCUCUUGAGAAAUGACAAGUCAAGGCAGGAGGACAACGGGAAGGAAUUCGUCGGAGGAACGGAAGGCGUGCUUGCUGUCUAUAGACAUUGAUGGAAGGGUCCAACUGAUAACGUGAUAUCAGUCGUCGUCGGACUUUUUCCCCAUCGAUCGGUAAACCCUCCGUUUAUGGCGUCGUCGGCAGGGAGCACAGGUCGUCUAGUUAGUGGAGGUGGAAGAUAGAGGCCAGAGGGGCAGACGACAGAAUCCAAUGAUGGGAGAAAAAAAAAAAAACUGCCGGUUGGAAGCUACCGCCGCCGCCGUGUUUGGUCGUUACGCAGAAAUCGGCGGAAGCGGAAGGAGGAGAAAUCCUUGCCCGUUUUUUUUUUUUUCAUUUCUUCUCUUCCUUUCUGAAUCCCCUGUCAGUUUUGGCGGUUUAUUGCCGACCUUGACUCAUCCUCCGUUUUGUUGCAGCGUGUAACGGGGUUUUUCUGUGGUCUACCGGCCACCAAGAGCCUCACGAAUCCUUGCAUUUUUUUUCAGUGAAAGUUCACCUGUCUGUAGAGUCCUGUCUUUGAAAGUAGUGUUUGUUGUUUUCCCUGAAGCUCUCGGUUGAGGAGAAUCGUUCGGUUGCGCUUGUAUGCAGUGGACUACUAUGUAGAAGUGGUUGCUGAUUGGAGAGUUUCUUACGGUCCCUUGUUUUCAGUCUGUCUUUCCAUGAAGGGCGUGUUGGCCCGUGGUGCGGUUCGGUCUGCUCCGAGACAAGUUCAGCGUACACCGUCAGGGAUAUUCAGGUCAUCGUGCGGCAUCAGAAAAUACCGCACAGUUGCGUAGACUACAGUAUUCCAUGUUACGUGCUAUUGUAUAACAGCGGUCUAGGCUUCUUUAGACGGUAAGGUGUUGUUCUCAUAAGAGUCUCAAGAGAAAGAGAGGUAACGAGGUCCUUCAUUGUUUUGGGUAUGCAUCCCAUGCGCGACAUGAGAAGAAACGAGUACCCUUCUCCACAAAUCAUGUGGACCUUCGGGUGGGAGCAACGGAGUCUUAGCGAUUCUCAGAAUCGAUGAAUAUAAUGUACCUUUCACUCCGGGGUGGUCAUUAUUCUUUUUCCAGGUACUUGAUGGUAUGAUGUUUUACCACACAGCAGUGAGUAGACUAGUGCACCCUACGCAUGCUGUAGGAGGUGACUUCGUCACUGAAACCAUU